AAACAGAAGCACAAUACUUACCAGUCGGUGAAUUCUGUGAUAUGUGGCUUCUAGAUCAUCUGAAACAAGUAGCAGAAGCAGUCGCAGCAUCGUGGGGACUGGAGUGAUUAAGUAGACAUUAUAAUUAACAAUGCAGAAAUUGACGAGUCUGUAUUAAGAGCAAGGCUUCUGAAGCGAGAUUAUAAGAUGAGCAGGAUGAGAUUGAGAAGACAUCUCGUCGAGGAGAGAGAUAAUCAUAAGGACAAGUGUAAUCUGUGGUUCCACCGAACCCGCCUACCCAACGAAAAGCGAUCGCUAUCAAUAUGAUAUUUGGAAAGUAUAAACCUGGAGAUAAUUGUUCUUGUUGUUUCAUCAGGGUUAAGCUCGACUGUCAUGUGCAAGACGCUAGGAUGAUUCAGGAAGAAACUCUUCCCAAACUACUUGUCUAACCGAUAGUUCCGACAGCACAGCUUCCACCCCACUGAAAAGACCGCGCUAAAAUGGCGCGCACGCUUACACGAGCGGAACGUCUUCAAGACCCUGGAGCCAAGACGAAUGUUAGGACUGGGCCUGGGAGUUAUGACGUCACUACACAAAUGGGCAAUGGUCCUGGGACGGGGGCUCCUUUCCUGUCCAUGCAAGAUCGGUCAGAGGGAAUGGCGCCACGCUCAACAUCGCCGGGACCUGGUAGAUUUUUCGGGUGAGAGUAUUCCUCAUCGAAUUCACAUUUAUUGAUUUACUAGCUAAGUUCGAGGAGUAGGAGUUGUAUUUAGUGCUCGUUGUACGACGGACUAUGCGGACGCGUCAUGAUUCAUCUAUGUCGUCGAGCUGCCAUGUGAACCAUUUAAUUGAACAAAUCAACCCGACUCUGAAGGUGCAUACAACGCACCCGCUGCGCUGCAGUCAGACAAACAAGUACUAGCAGGAUGA